AUGCCUAAGCUUCGAGGACCACUCUUCAAAUUCGUGCCUGGCGGGAAAAUCCUGUGCAUGAAGUGCAGGAAUAUCUGUCCUUGCGCUUCCUGUCGGAGGGCCCGAGGCGAGAGAGGGGUGAUGGGUAAUGGGUUGAAUGGGUUUUACGACUUAAUGCGCGACGAGACAAAGACCGAAGCACCGCUAAGGAAAACGAAAAGGAAAGAAAGAGAACAAGUGAAACCCUCCCGCUUGGACAAGGUACAUGUACCUCGUCCAAGCAGAAGGCUUUCCUUCCGAUGGACGAGAUACACGUACCUCGAGACCGGCGAGCCGGGAGGGGUUCCUCCCGGCUGUGUGACCUCGGCCUCUCUAGGCCGAGGGGAAAAAAAAGGAAAAAAAAGAGUCCCAUAG